GCGAGAAGGUGAGAGAGACUGCCGGAUGGAGCAGCUCAUUCUGUAAAGUGCAACUCUGUCCUGCCGAAGCCAAGACUACGAGGUCCCUGAUACCGGCUGGUAUCUUCAUUAGAGGAGGACAUGGAUCCUGUCAUAUUCCUCCUGAGCUGCAGUCUCUGUGUUUGUGGAGGCGCGGCUGGAGUGCAGCAGGUGUUCCGUGUCCAGCCGGAUAAUGUCACCACGGUGCAGGGGUCGGUACAGGUGCUGGUCUGUGAGGUCGAGCAUGCGUCGGGCGCAGUGCAAUGGGUCAAGGAUGGGCUCCUGCUGGGGCCUGAUAGGAGAAUACCAGGAUUCCCUCGUUACAGCAUGAGUGGAGACCCCCAGAAAGGGGAGCACAAUCUCCGCAUCGAGCGAUGUGAGCUGUCAGAUGACGCACAUUACCACUGCCAAGUGGGGAGGUCGGAGGUCAGCAUGGCGAUCAUGUCAUAUGCAGCAAUACUCACCGUACUAAUUCCCCCAGAACCUCCUGUGUUUAAGGAAUAUGUUGCUGGAAGUUCAGUAACAUGGGUCUAUGGAGUAGAGUAUCCAGUCACUUGUAGUGUUGUCAAGGCCAAACCAUCAGCAACACUGACCAUCACUAAAAGUGGAGUGGAAGUUUCAGGCUCAUCCAGUAGUCAACCUGGAUCCAUCAACAAGUUGGAGGACACCGAGACAACAGUGAUGGUCAUCCCACAAAGUACAGAUAAUGGAAACCUACUUGUGUGCUCUGCGCUGAACCCGGCUCUUCAGACACCACUGACCGUGAGCUUCACCAUGAAUGUGCUGUUCCCCCCUAACAUCCCAAUCAUUCAUGGUUACGAAGGACCAUCUGUCAAAUCUGAGGAAACCCUGAGGAUGACCUGUACGUCCCAUAGUGGGAAUCCUUUGGCAACCUUGCAGUGGUUAAAGAAUGACGAGGUGGUGUACAACCGCUGGGAGACCGACAAUAACAAAAGACUGUCUAGAAGUUUUCUGACUAUAAAUGUCAAGCCAGAACAUAAUCAGGCCGUUAUAAGCUGCGAGGCCGUCAAUCACGUCACACCGAUGGUCCUCCGAGCCAGCAUCACUCUCAAUGUUCUCUUUCUUCCCAUCAAAGUCACAAUUCUUGGCUCAUCCAGUGGUCCUGAGAACACGUCUCUAUCGUUCUCCUGCUUUACUGCAUCAAGUAACCCCCCCGUGCACAUCCGCUGGUGGCUGGGGGCCGUGGAGCUGGAGAACACUAUAGUCACUGUAACUGACUCAGAUCAUGGGGGGAAGAUCACAAUGUCAAACAUCACCACAGUGGUUCAGAGGGAACAUAACGGCAUGCCGCUGACUUGUGAGGCUUUUAAUGAGGCUCUUCUCUACACCAAGGCGAACAGCGUCCAGCUCAGUGUAAACUAUCCCCCCCAAAAGAUCUGGAUUGAGGCUCCUCCCUCAGACACUCGUUUUAGGGCUGGAACGCGUGUCAAGAUAACCUGUCUCUCAAGUGGUGGUCACCCAGCACCUCGACUCAUCUGGAUUAAGGAUAAGAGAACUGUGUCCGAUGGGAAGACGAUAGCCGCAGGGAAGAUAGUCUCCAGGGAGGUCAUAAUUGAAACCGCGCCGAGUGACAAUCAGGCAACUUACCGCUGCAAUGCCACCAAUGAUGGAGGGAAGAACACAUUGACGGCCACCACAAAGUUUCAUGUCCAGUUUCCUCCUAUUGAUGUUAAAAUUAUCAACCCACCCAAACACUAUAAACGUGGAAGCACCGUUACUCUAGAGUGCAGGACGGGCAGCAGUAAUCCAGAAGCAACAAUAUCCUGGAUCAAGGAUGGAGUCAUCUUGAAAGGAAGAGAUCUGGGGACAAAGAACGUAGAAUAUGGUGGAAAGUCGACCACUGGCAGCGUUGCAUUAACAGUCUCCUCAGCAGACAAUGGAAAACGUGUCUCCUGUGAGGCUUACAGCAGUGCCUUGAGUGAGACUGUCAACACCUUCUACAAACUCAAUGUUCUGUUUCCACCAGAAUUUACAGAUGAGCAGCCAAAGAUUGUCCAGGCUGUGGAGCAUGGGGCAGCCCUCAUUCCAUUAUACAUCCGGGCCAACCCUGCUGAGGUCAACUACACAUGGAGUCUACAGGGGCAAGUACUUAACAGAGAAGGAGCUUACCGGCACCACCUUAAAGGGGCUGGAUCUCUGGAGAUUUGGAACGUUAGUCGAGCUGACUCUGGGGUAUAUAGCGUAACCUGUGAGAACAAAGAGGGGAAGAACAUCACCGUGGUGCAACUGGAUGUCCACUAUUCUCCGUCCAUUCGCAGCCUUGUUGACCCCACAGAAGUGGAUUUGGGAGGGAGAGCAGAGCUAGUGUGCGUUGCAGAUGCAAAUCCUGUCAGCGUUGAGAUGUUUCAGUGGCGCUGGCUGGGAGAUGAGGAGAGAGACUUGUCCGCCUUGGAACGACAAGUUGAUGGUCUCACUGGACGACUCAUUAUUAAAGACGCCAAGAGGAUGGAUGCCGGGCGCUAUGAGUGCACAGUGGAUAAUGGAAUUCCCCCACCUGUCAAGGCUGACGCCCGUCUGGUUGUGCGUUUUAAGCCGGAAAUAGAGAAAGGGGUUCACCUAAGCAAAGUGGCCGUUCCUGGAGAUGGCAAGUCCUCCACGGGUCUCGAAUGUAAAGCUGAGGGGAUCCCAAAUGUGGCCUUCAGCUGGGCGAAGAAUGGCAUCACCCUGGACUUCAAAAACCCCAGGUAUUCCGUGAAGACCUCUCAUGAGUUGUGGAUUCACAAAAGCACUCUAAUCAUCGCCAACGUGAGCGCGGUGCACGAUUACGCCAUCUUUACCUGCACGGCCACCAACGCUCUGGGAGUGGACAGCUUCUCUAUCCAGCUUGUCAGCACCAGUCGCCCUGAUCCUCCAAGUGAUCUGAAGAUCCUGAGCGUCACUCACAAUUCAGUAACCCUAGGAUGGAAGGAAGGAUUUGAUGGAGGAGUGGAACAACAGUUUCGAGUCAGAUACCGGAUGAGCGGCGUUGAGAGUUACAUGUACGUUGACGUCUUCCCACCGCGGUCCACUGUUUUCACCAUUGUUGGAUUGAAAGGCAGCACGGUGUAUAACUUCUCGGUGAAUGCCGUCAACCAUCUGGGAGACAGCAACUACGCAGAUGGUGGAGCUGUACUCACCGUCACCACACAAGAGGACACUGAUGUGAAGAUCCCCGCACCCACUCAACCGGGUCUUCCUGUUCCAAAGCCUGAUCUUUUUCCAUGGACCCCAUAUAUGUUUGGAGCCAUCGGUGCAGGAGGGGCGCUACUCCUCUUAUCUAAUGCAGGACUGGUUUUCUGCCUGGUGAGGAGGUACAGAAAGAAAGCAAAAGAAGGGGACGCAGUGAAAAAGGAUGAGAGUGCAUCCCGUGGAACCCUCAAUGAGUACGGCGAUGGAGAACUAAUCAACACACAAGCGAAGAAGACGUUACUGAUUGACAGCGGCUCGGAGACCGGCAGCAGCGUCUACCAGGACAGCGGAUCAGAGUCUGGAAUAUAUUACUACCCAACCCGAGAUUAUCAGCCGUCACUAUCCCCCCACUAUGAGAGUGUGGAGAGGGGAGAUCCAGAAUUUCAGAGCUGGGAAGAAGGAGGAUAUGAAGACUGGUAUGGCUCUUCUGAUCACCAUGAAUAUGAGGAAGUUCGAGGGGUAUACCCAACCUCCCACAAAACAAAAUGGCAGCAAGGAGCCACGCAGGACAGAGGAGAGCAGCCGUGGGAUGGAUACCAGGCAGCAGUAGGCAGGGUAUACGAUGAACCAGACUUGCCAUUGUCUGCAACUUACGAGACACCGUAUGGGGGACAAGGGCACUUGGUGUGAAAUAUACAGAAUUUUUAUUGACUCCCAAAUAAAUAAUAAAAAUAGUUGCAAAUCUGUCCCCAAUAUCAAUUUUUUAACAGUUUGCAAAUGACUUGAGUCAGAUUCUCUAAUUUAUUUUUUUGUAGAUCCUCAAAAUUUCCUGGGUUCCUGUUUGUGUAAAAAGUCAUAUUCAGACUUUUCCUACAUUAGCAAAUAGUAAUAGAAUAUAUUGACAUAAAAAAAACCCUAAAAUUAGACAUUGUAAAUCUACGA